AUGACAACCGAUACUAUUACCCUCCCGGAGCCCUUCGCCUCAAUCCCACGGACUCCUCUCCUCCUCGGCCCCUCACCAAUUCACCCCCUCCCCCGCAUCAGUGCCGAUCUAGCCCGCACCAGUCCACACAAAGUAACCAUCUAUGCCAAGCGCGAUGACCUGAAUUCCGCAUACGCUUAUGGUGGAAACAAGACUCGGAAGCUCGAGUACCUCCUAGCCGACGCGCAAGCUCAAGGUUGUGAUACUUUGGUAUCCAUUGGUGGAGUCCAGAGUAACCAUACUCGUCAAGUUGCUGCUGUGGCUGCGCGGACGGGUCUCAAAGCUCGUCUUGUCCAAGAACAUUGGGUCGAUUGGCAGGAUAAGGGUUAUGAUUCUGUCGGUAAUAUCCAGCUUUCCCGUCUUAUGGGCGCGGAUGUAAGACUUGAUCCAUCGGGUUUUGGAAUCGAACAUAAAAAUACUGCCCAGGCUGUUGUUGAGGAGUGCAAGGCCAAUGGCGAGAAGCCUUAUUAUAUCCCUGCUGGUGCUUCGGAUCACCCGCUCGGUGGAUUGGGUUUUGCGAGAUGGGCUUUUGAGGUGAAGAGCCAAGAACAGGAGCAAGGUCUGUUCUUUAAUACUGUCCUUGUUUGUGCUGUUACUGGUUCCACCUUUGCCGGUAUGAUUGCUGGGUUUAAGUUGCUCGAGCGUUUAUACCCUGAUGAUUCUAAGCGUAAGAUUAUCGGUAUUGAUGCCUCCGCUACUGUUGAUGCUACGCAUAAACAGGUCCUCAGGAUUGCUCGUAAUACCGCGAGUAAGAUUGGGUUGACCGAGGAGGAUAUUACCGAUGAUGAUGUCAUUCUCGAUGAUAGAUACCAUGCUGGUAUCUAUGGAAUUCCUGAUCGUCAAACUUGGGAGGCUAUUGAGUAUGCCGCUCGCAUGGAGGCUUUCAUCACUGAUCCCGUUUACGAAGGGAAGAGCUUUGCGGGUAUGGUGGAUCUGAUUCGCAAGGGGGAGAUCGAAGGGGGGAAUGUUCUCUAUGCCCACUUGGGUGGCCAGUUGGCCUUGAAUGCGUACUCUGAUCUCGGUGCGACCAAGGAGUGA